AUGCUGCUGGGGAAGGAAGAACCGGAGAUGUGGAAGGAAGAACCGGAGAUAGUGUUAAGACUUGAAGCAUUUCAUAUUUGUGCACUUCUAUAUUUGACACAUUUCAAGAAGAAACGUCGCAAAUAUGCAAGACAAAUAUGAAUUGUUUCAGCCUUUAAUAGUGGUGCUGUAGUUGAUUCAAAAGCAAAAGAUCCAGUUCUCCUUCAAAAAGACCCAAGUAGAAAUCAUAGACCUCCACCAAUGUUGACUAUGACAACUACAACUUCAAAAAGCAAGCUUCACACGUUUAAGCUAGCUGACACUCUAGUAACCGACAUUGGCUGCCAUGCCAUUGCUUGCGCUCUGGGAAAACAACUUCAGACGUUGCACGUCUUUAAGUGCAACAUCACUGAUGUCGGCCUCGAAGCCAUCGCGGAGUACUGCGUAAAACUGCAAGAACUAGAUGCGCACGAUUUAAAGGGCGUGACGGAUCGAUCUGCUACUGCUUUAGCCAAAGUAGCAUCGCUGAAACGAAUGUAUUUGAGUGGGACUAGUAUUACGAGUAUGGGUCUCGAGCAAUUGUUGGACAAUCGUCCGGAGGUGAUGAGAUUAGAGGCGAAUGGGUGCGUGAGCAACGAUUUCGAGCAUCAACGUGUGCGGGAAGCAGCGAAAGCAGCACUUCAAAAUGGUCUACAAUUGGUGCUGUAAAGAGAAAGUGGAAUUGAGGAGCGAUGUUUUUUGGCUUUAGUCUCCUACUCCUAUUUCGGUUACGAAAUUAGUAGUACCCUUGAUACAGUCUGUCAUACUACUGCGUGCUCUGUCAUGUGUUAGCUUGUCUUUUUAUAACGAAGUACUUGAAUCUGUGCACAUUAGAAGACUUCAUUCCACUGCCGCUAUCCACGACCUCUAAUCAAGCCUUUCCCAUGGUCGGAUUAAAAGUUCGGAAUGGAGUAUCACAAGGAUUUAGAGCUACUUUACUGGCCAGUUUCUUUUGAAGAACAAUUGGUUGCUUCACGAAAAACUUGACGGCCAACACUAGCUCUCCGAAUCUUUAUGAGACGCUUGUACCUAGUAAUUUAGUUUCACAGUUGUUUUGACCUAGGAGCUAAUCUUCAGACGCAAAUUUGAGUCUGAAUUUCUCGCGUUAUAGUAUCCUGCACGCGUGGGAGGACUAACCAGCACAGAUGCAACCUCUAGCAAUAGA